UCUGCCAAGGAUGGAGAUGCAAGAAGGACCACCCAAAAUUCAAAUGCAUCAGUGGAGAGGUUUCUUAAUAGGAUUGCUAAGGAGAAACCAAUCAGAUUCACACUCCAAGAGCUCGCAGACUUCACCCUCAACUACACAACACGAUUGGGAUCUGGUGGGUUUGGGACGGUCUUCAAGGGACAGCUUCCAUAUGGAGACCUAGUAGCAGUGAAGGUUCUGAAUACCGGAGGUUCAGAGGACAUGGAGCAGCAUUUCAAGGCAGAGAUUGCCACCACUGGAAGAACAUUUCAUGCAAACCUUGUUAGACUCUAUGGCUUCUGCUGUGAUUCAACUGUCAGAGCCCUGGUCUAUGAGUACAUGGACAUGGGAUCUCUAGACACAUAUCUGUUUGACAAGAGCCACACCAUUGCAUGGGACAAGUUGCAUGAGAUUGCAAUAACAACAGCUAAAGCACUCUCUUACUUGCAUGAUGAAUGCGAGCAAAGGAUCAUACACUAUGACAUCAAACCAGCAAACAUCCUCCUAGACCACAACUUCAUCCCUAAAGUAUGAGCUGACUAUGGAUUGGCGAAACUUUGCAACAGAGAGAACACUCAUGUGAGCAUGACGGUAGGGCGGGGAACUCCGGGCUAUGCUGCGCCGGAGAUGUGGAUGAUGGGACAAGUGACAUACAAAUGUGAUGUUUAUAGCUUUGGGAUACUCCUGUUUGAGAUUGCAGGGAGGAGGAGAAGCUUUGAUGCAAGCUUGGAGGAAGAUGAGCGUUGGUUUUCAAAGUGGGUGUGGGAGAGGUACAAGAACGGAGAAAUGGAAAAGGUGAUGGAGAAGAUUGGAGUUGAUAACGAACACAAGGGUGAAACAGAGAGGAUGCUAAUGGUGGCCUUGAAGUGCGUGCAGUACCAGCCAGAAAGAAGGCCUCCCAUGGACAAGGUUUUUGGAGGAAAAAAGAGAAAUGAUGGAACAAGUGGAGACGGGACCACGCUCACUGGGCGCUGGAAUCACCCCUGA